UUCCAGGCGACCAUGAAGAUCUUCAAGUUCCGGCUGAGAAGCUUCGCCCUCCUGACGCUGGUGCUGACACUCACGCUCUUCCUCCUGAACCUGUCGCCCUCCGCCGUCAGCCAACACUUCUUCCGGGUGUCAGCGACGCACGGCCUUCCGUCGGCGAAUAAUCAGUCCAAAACAGAACCAGCGGGAGCGUUAAGUAAGAGAGUGUAUUCGGAUCCCUUCAAGGAGUACGACCUGCGAGUCAGCCAGGCGGCGUCGCAAGGGGAGAAGGACGCCGUGAAUUCCAGCCGACAGGGCGCCGGGGAAGGAGGUCCUGGAGACGAGGCAGCCCAGGAGGACGCGAAGAACCAACGAGAACCGAAGGGAAACGACACGGGUGAUCCGGGAGAUCGCACGGGGGAGAAACAGGAACGAAACCCGAGCUCGCGAAACGGCGAAGCUUCGAAGACGAACAGCUCGAGGAGAAUCGACGAGGCGGGAGGUUCGUACGUGCGACAGGGCAUUGCAGACGGCGAGGAGCACGACUCCUACGUGCAGGACUACCCCGACUACACCCCGGCAGAGUUCGUCGAGGUCCUGAAGACGAAGCUCUCCUCCAGAGUCAAGAAGCCCGCAAGAAUCUCCGGCAAGGGGCGUGACGCGAGACCUCCGCCCAAUGAGAAGUUCUCCCGCGAGGUGCUGAAGGAGAGGGCGCUCGGGUUUCCCGAGAAGUCGCCCUUGCGGAAGUUCCUGACUGAGCAGGAGCGGCGAGUCAGCCACGUGAGGGCGACGUGUCCUCACCUGGCUGUUCCCAACACCUCCUUCGACUCCCGCGGGCCGCCGCCCGGCCUCGUGGAUAUACACAAUCUUAUUUUCGACAGAAUAAACCUCCUGACGUUCUGCCCGGUGUACAAGGCCGCCAGCACCUCCUGGACCAUCACCCUCCUCGAAAUCGGCGGCUACAAGCGCGCCAAGAACAUUCCCUUGCAGAAACUCGUCAGCCAAGUGUACCCCAAGAUAUCGAAUCUCGCUGGACCCGCGGUAGCCCGGAGGACGACCAAGUUCAUGAUCGUCCGCCACCCCUUCGAGCGCCUCCUCUCCUGCUUCAGAGACAAGUUCGAGUACGGGAAGAAAUCCUAUUACUACAAGCGCUACGGCGAGAAAAUGGUCCGGCGCUAUAGGGAGUUCCCCAAGUACAUCAGCGAGGGACAGCUCGGCCUCCUACAAGAACAAGUCCGGAACAAGGUGAUGGCGGGGCUGCCCGUGGUCCUGAGAAACAAUCCUUUCGCCAGUCCCGUGGGUCCGACCUUCCUCGAGUUCGUCCAGUACGUGGUCGACGUUAAGUUUGAGGACGAGCACUGGAGGACCUACUACAGCCACUGCUCGCCGUGUCUUAUGGAUUAUGACUUCGUCCUCAGGUUCGAAUCCCUCUACCAGGAAGGGAAGCAGUUUCUGGAGUACCUCAACCGCACUUCGCAAGUUCAGCCGAGAUGGGACAACCCCACCUCAGGGGGCGCCACCAACAGCGAAAUCGUGUGUUCCUAUUACUCCCAGUUACCCUUCGACCUCAUGCAGAAAUUGGCCGAUAAAUACGAGAACGAUUUUCUGUUAUUCGAGUAUAAACCUGAUUCGUAUUUCGAGUGUGCUAAGGACUUCGUUCCGGGAAAGAAAGGGACGUAAUAAAUAUUUCGAUUUUUUUUUUUUUUU